AUCAUCCCAUGCUCCCUCGCCUCGCUCUCGUUCAGUCGGAGCAGUUCAUCGUAACGAGUACAACGCCCGAAAGCUGACUACACUAUCUUUAAUUUUGGAAGGACUGUAAGGACCGUAUUUGGUGGUUAUAAUCUGGAUUAUUGUCGUUAAUCUGCAUCGACGUCAUGCCGCCUUUCUUGAUUUAUUGCAUCACCGGUUUAUUGCUGGCGAGAAGUUCAGCUUCCGAUACCCAAGAGGUAGUACCCUCGGAUGAUUUCAGUGUGGAACCAGAAGGUGAUACCAGCAUCCCACCACUUGAGGAAUCAUUAAAACAGUUUCAGUACCAACUUCAGGCAUAUUCCAACGACAUUUCUGACAGACUGGCAACUCUUGAAAAGACUUGUAAAGAAAACGACGCAACUACCACUUUCUCUAAAGGUUUCCAAUAUCGUGUGCAAACGGAAGUUUUUAAGAACCCACUGCUGAAUGCGAUGCUGAAAUCUGCACAAGGAAAAAUGUCAGCCUUUGCGCAGAUCUUCGAAGACGACCUUGCUUCGGUAAUAAGCGAUGCCAAGGAAAUUAUUAGUAAACGUUUUGACGAGAAAGUGACAGCCAUACAGGAAGCUAUGGAUGGUGUGCGUACUAGUGCUGAAGAAAUACCGAGCAGAACUGCAAUGGACGAAGUUGUAUACAAUAGCUUGAAACAAUAUUCAUCGAAACUUCCCAAGGCCGAAGAUGGUGAGAAAGGUAAAAUUGCUUUGCCCUCUAAAGCGUUAUAUGCAAAUAUGAAAAGCACUGUAGAUGACCAAAUUCAAAUGCUGGCAGAUAGAUUGAAUAACAUGAGUGUUUGCACUGAUCGUGGAAAGCAGAUUGAAGAUAGCUUAGCAAGAGUGAUGGAAUCUGAAAGAAAAUUCGCCCAGCUAAAGGAUAUUGUCACGAACGCAACAGUAACCAAAUGCCCAGUGCUACAACGAAGUCUUUUAUCAAACCUAGAAUCUGCUGUUGAACAAAAUAAGGAUUCGGUCGUAAACAUAUCAGAUAUUUUGGAAGGUACAAAGACUAAAGUACUGAGUUCCCUGGACAAAUUAAAGGACACCUAUUUUCCUUUAGUCCAGUUAAAAUAGGCAGCCAAAACAGUAUACCCACCUAUGUAUUCCGAAGAAGGCAGCAGAAAUAACAAUUCAAGAUAUCAAACCAGCGUGAGAAAGCUUAAUGACACAUUAACCACUGAAUUGUAACGGCUGAGCAGUCGUUCGUCAUGUGAUCUGCAAAAUUUUGAAAAUUCUCAUCCCUUCUGAUCAACUCUUCGAAUGUGUGUUGGUGUUCCUGAAGUUCAUUCAAGGAAGAAUUUUCUUUGUGUGUCAAAUCCAAUCGCACUGAAUUCCAGAGAUAAACUCACUUAGAAUUAUCACAAAGUGAAUCUAUCGCACCCACCCACAUCACUGCCACUAAGGUGGCGCAGAAUAGAAUAGAACUAGACUUAGGUUGAGGAGGGGAGUCUGGGAAUUACAAGGAACUUUGUUCACUAAUAAAGGUUGCCUGACA